CUCCCGACCCAUGACGUAAGCUGCUUUUGUGCAUGCGCAGGGCGGGGAGACCUUGGCGAGGCGGCAGAGGAGCUUAGCGGAGGUGAAAGCAUUGGCGGAGAGGAAAGUUGAGCGGUAAAAUGCAGAGCUGGAGUCGUGUGUAUUGCUCCUUGGCCAAGAGAGGCCAUUUCAAUCGAAUAUCUCAUGGCUUACAGGGAGUUUCUGCAGUUCCUCUGAGAACUUACGCUGAUCAACCAAUUGAUGCUGAUGUAACAGUGAUAGGAUCUGGUCCCGGAGGAUAUGUUGCCGCUAUUAAAGCUGCCCAGUUGGGCUUCAAGACAGUAUGCGUUGAGAAAAAUGAAACGCUUGGUGGAACGUGCUUGAACGUCGGUUGUAUCCCUUCUAAGGCUUUAUUAAAUAACUCUCAUUAUUACCAUAUGGCCCAUGGAAAAGAUUUUGCAUCUAGGGGAAUUGAAAUGUCUGAAGUUCGCUUGAAUUUAGAGAAGAUGAUGGAGCAGAAGAGUACAGCGGUAAAAGCUUUAACUGGUGGAAUUGCCCACUUAUUCAAACAGAAUAAGGUUGUUCACGUAAAUGGAUAUGGAAAGAUAACGGGCAAAAAUCAGGUCACUGCUAUGAAAGCCGAUGGCAGCACUCAAGUUAUUGAUACAAAGAACAUUCUUAUAGCUACAGGGUCAGAAGUUACUCCUUUUCCUGGAAUCACGAUUGAUGAAGAUACAAUAGUGUCGUCUACAGGUGCUCUAUCUUUAAAAAAAGUUCCAGACAAGAUGGUUGUCAUUGGUGCAGGAGUAAUAGGUGUAGAAUUGGGUUCAGUUUGGCAAAGACUUGGUGCCGAUGUGACUGCAGUUGAGUUUUUAGGUCAUGUUGGUGGAGUUGGAAUUGAUAUGGAGAUAUCUAAAAACUUUCAACGCAUCCUUCAAAAACAAGGAUUUAAAUUUAAAUUGAAUACAAAAGUUACUGGUGCUACCAAGAAGUCAGAUGGGAAAAUUGAUGUUUCUAUUGAAGGCGCUUCUGGUGGUAAAGCUGAAGUCAUCACGUGUGAUGUGCUCUUGGUUUGCAUUGGCCGACGACCCUUUACUCAGAAUUUGGGACUAGAAGAGCUUGGAAUUGAACUAGAUCCUAGAGGUAGAAUUCCAGUCAAUACCAGAUUCCAAACUAAAAUUCCAAACAUCUAUGCUAUUGGUGAUGUGGUUGCUGGUCCGAUGCUGGCUCACAAAGCGGAGGAUGAAGGCAUUAUCUGUGUUGAAGGAAUGGCUGGUGGCGCUGUGCACAUUGACUACAACUGUGUCCCAUCGGUGAUUUACACGCACCCUGAAGUUGCUUGGGUUGGCAAAUCAGAAGAGCAGUUGAAGGAAGAGGGCAUCGAGUACAAAGUCGGCAAGUUCCCCUUUGCUGCCAACAGCAGGGCGAAGACCAAUGCUGACACAGAUGGCCUGGUGAAGAUUCUGGGACAGAAAUCCACAGACAGGGUACUGGGAGCACAUAUUCUCGGGCCAGGUGCUGGUGAGAUGAUAAAUGAAGCCGCUCUUGCGUUGGAGUAUGGAGCGUCCUGUGAAGAUAUAGCUAGAGUCUGCCACGCGCACCCGACCUUAUCAGAAGCAUUUAGAGAAGCAAACCUGGCUGCAUCAUUUGGCAAAUCAAUCAACUUUUAAAAUAGAAGAUUCUAUUUUUCUGAAAUCUCCUGGGAGCUUUUGUAGAGGUCACAUUUCUGAACAGGAAAUGCUCACAGCUCCAAGAAUUUCUAGGACUGAAUUAUGAAACUUUUGGAAGGUUUUAGUAAGUUUGGACGGAAUGGAAUAAUCUCAUCUAUUUUAAAUAAAUUUAAUAUUUUGUUUCAGCACAUUAAUAUUGGAGGAAGAAGCUACUUAUAGUAGCUUCCUGGAACAUUUUCUUCAACCCAUAUUUUCAUGCUGUUUCUGAAAAAUUCACCUUCACUACAUUUAUGUUAUGUAGCUUUUAAUCUCUGCUAUUGUAAAGUUGGAUUUACUUACAUGGAUGGAGCUGGAGGUAGGGUAUGUGAACCAGCCGUGUUUGAUGCAAGGUGAUCAAGUUAUUUUAAACUUGGUUUUCAUAUUGGAAACAGAGUUAGUCAUUAGAAUAAGGUUAAAAUAUGUAUAAACCAAACCAGUGUAAAUAAAUGGUCUCUCACUUGUUUUAUUUAAUCCCCAAAUUCUUACGGUUUAGAGGUAGAAUGUUUAAAUUUUUAAGGACCCACUGAGGUCUACAGUCUGUAGUUAGUUAUCCAAAUUAAGGAGGUACAUCUGUGAAGUUCAAAUAUUAAAUGAGGACUCAUGUAUUACAGCAGGGAAUGAAAAUCCAGAAAUAAACAGUCUUAAAUAUACA